UGAUUCUAUAGUCACAACGUUUCGACAAUAAAACCCCACACACCCUUUCCUCUCAUUGGCCUGCGGUCAGGUGGAGUCAUGCGUUCUGGUAGGUGGUGUUUGGAGCUCCCUGUGGACAAAACUCCGGUGCGCUCCUGCUGCUGCUGCUGCUGCUGCAAGUAUCUCACUGCUCGAUUAGGACAGAUCUGCUGAAGAUAUGGCAAACCCUGACAAUGCCAGCGUCGCAACUGCGUACGUCUACAGGGGAACUUUAGUCCACUCGACCGAGCAAACGGCGCUGCAGGUCCUGGAAGAUGCGCUCCUGGGAGUGGACACACACGGAAAGAUUUCCUUCAUUGGUGAAGGCAAGAAGUUAGAAGCACUGUCCCAGGUCUUUGAAUUCAGCCCAUCUCAAGUCAUACAACUCACAGAACAUGAGUUCCUAAUGCCAGGACUGGUAGAUACCCACAUCCAUGCAUGCCAGUACAGCUACGCCGGCACAGCGCUGGACCUUCCUUUGCUGCAGUGGCUCAAUACCUACACCUUUCCUGUGGAGUCACGCUUCAAGGACUUGGAGUUUGCACGCAGAGUCUACACUCACGUAGUGAGAAGGACGCUGACAAACGGAACAACCACUGCAUGUUACUUUGCUAGCAUACAUACAGAUGCCACCCUGUUGUUGGGCCAGAUUGCAAAUGACUUUGGACAGCGUGCCUUGGUGGGUAAGGUGUGUAUGGACAGGAACGAUUCUGUAGAACAUUACAGAGAGAGCAUUCAGGAGUCCCAUGAUGAAACCUGCCGGUUCAUUAAAGAGUUCUUAAACAAGAAGUACCCUCUUGCGAAGCCGGUGGUGACUCCCCGUUUCGCUCCGUCCUGCUCAAGAGAACUGCUAGAACAGCUGGGGGAAAUUGCUAAGAAUAACAACCUGCACAUUCAGAGCCAUAUCAGUGAAAACAAGGAGGAGAUCCAGCUUGUUAAGGAGCUGUUUCCAGAAUCGGAGUCUUACACAGAUGUCUAUCACAAAUAUAACCUUCUCACUGACAAGACAGUGAUGGCCCAUGGCUGCCACCUCAGUGAUAAGGAGCUGGCUGUGUUCAGAGAGACAGGAGCCUCCUUGUCCCACUGUCCCAGCUCCAACUUUUCGCUGUGCAGUGGAGUGUUAAACGUCCGCAACGUCCUGAAACACAAUGUGAAACUUGGGCUGGGAACAGACGUGGCGGGAGGCUAUUCUUCCUCGAUGCUUGAUGCUGUGAGGAGAACUUUAGAUGCAUCCAAAGUCUUGACCAUCCAGGACCCGACACACAAAACACUCACCUUUGAGGAGGUGUUCAGACUGGCCACACUGGGAGGCAGCCAAGCCUUGUCGCUGGAUGACCAAACUGGGAACUUUGAAGUGGGCAAAGACUUUGAUGCCCUGAGGGUGAAUGUAGCAGCUCCUGGUGGACCCAUCGACCUGAUCGAUAGAGAGGAACCAAAGAUUCUUUUGGAAAAGUUCUUGAACUUGGGUGAUGAUCGGAACAUAGUGGAAGUGUUUGUAGCUGGAAAGAAGGUGGUGCCAUUCACAGAGCCAAAUGCAGAGUAAACUGUCUGCUCCUUGUCAUACCUUCACCUCCCUCAAAGCCCAAAAUACUCAUGUAUCUGAAAGAUGAUAUCUACUGUAUGUAGCACAAGCAGUGGCGGCUGGCCAGUAGAGGGCACUCGCAGUGGCUGGUUUAAAAGGUUGUACAACAAAAUAGUAAGUUAAGGGUACCUUCAUUUUUGUCCAGGCCUGUUUCAUAUUCAUACAAAGUAAUCUUCAACAGAAGAGUACUGUCUGUCUGUAUACACACACACACACACACACACACACACACACACACACACACACACACACACACACACACACACACACACAUUUAUUCCCUUGACCAGAUUUUUCUUUGUAUAAAGUUGACUUUAGCACAUCAUCCAGCAAUGUAUUGCACUAAGUAAUGUUUGGAUAGUUGUUCACUGAAAUGUUGAAAUCAUCAAAAUUGUUGCAGAUUGUAUUUUUCUUUGUCUGCUAAUUGAAAAAUCACUUAAUUGUUGCAGUUCUGAUCAGUUAGUAACAUUUAGCUUUAUCACAAAUUACUAUACAGUAUUUUUCUGUUCUAGAAUUAAUGUCUUAAUAUACUUAGCACUUAACAUAAUACUUGAGUCGUCAAUUCAACACUAAUGCACUGUUUCAUGUGCUCAGCUGUAUAUAUAAUUUAUUGCCAAAAUUGUGGUUACGCAAUAUGUUGUGCAUGUCUUGUGCAAAAAUGCCUCAAGUUAUUAAUAUUGGCAUUAAAUAAUGAUUAUUUCACAGAGCACUGAUAUCCUGCCGUUUCUGUUCAGUUGUAUCGGGAUGGUUACUGAAACUGACUUGAUAUGGCACAGCCCCACCUAGAAUAUUUUUCACCAGCCGCCGCUGAGCACAAGAUUAACCAGCUGAAAAGGCCUGUGGUUGCAUGGACUGCACUGUUGCACAACUGCAGAUAAAUAAAUAGGAAAUGAAAUGAAUGAACAGGACAGAUGAUGCAGCUCAGUGAGGGUCACAUCAUACAAGACUGAGGUCAGCUGAACUUGAAUUAACUUUGGUCCGUGUGUCUUUUUAAAGUUAAAAGCCACUUUGAUUUAUAAUAUUAGGAUAAUAUGGAUGUUAAAAAGGGAAUUUAGGAUGAACUAAGUGUGGUGAACUUUGCAUUUUUUUAAUUUCAUUAGCACUUGAUGAUUAACAAGCAGAUUUUUGUUUUUAUCCAAGUUUUGUUCUGGCUCAGACCUUUUAAAAUUUACUUGAGCCUCUCAAAAAGAAACAAACACUGAUGUUGGCAGCCUUUACAAUGUGUUCAAUACAGCAUGUUUUCCAUUGCAUAAUGACAUGAAAGUUAAGUAACAUAAACGUAGGACUUGGUGCUGGUGAUGUAAAGCUGUUCAGUGUAUUUGCAGUGCCUGACCUGAUUAUUUGCAGUGGCUUGACGGUCACAUUUUCCUGCUUGCGUAGCAGGAAAAUGUGACCCAAAGUCUGGAACUGACUUGACUUCUAAUCGUUCAGUUUUUCACUGUACACUCCAUCCUAGUUCAAGUGUUAAAAAUGGCACAGACACAUGAUUCUGUAGCAUUCUCCUCCUGACUGCAGUAGUUUUGUAGAGUACAGUCUGCUGUUCAGUGCAGUAAACAACACAAACUGUUUCAGCAGGAGGACAUUAUGUAUCAUAUGAAAUGAGAAAUGUUUUAACCUUCAUUAGUACUGACACUUGCUCGAUUUCCCUCAAAUUCCACAUUCUGAUUUGACUCAGUGAAAAGCCACUUUGGCCCCUUAUUGUGAGAAUCAGUUUGUUCUAUCAAUUACAGUUCUAAUGUGUGUUAUGUUGCCUUUACAAACUCUCUUUUAAUUGUGUGAAAAUGAAGGAUAUGUAGCUGAAUGUGUGUUUGCUUUGAUGAAUAAUGUUUAGGACAUCUUUACUUUUGUACUGAAAACAUGGAAAAUUUGUAUUAGUAUAUUUUAACAACAGACAUGUCUAUUUUAAAGUCUUGGUCUUUGUACUAUUUGAUAUAUUGCAGCAUGGUAGACUGAAAUAAAGAAUACCACCAA